AUGGCUCCUCUCAAACGAGCUAUCGUCACGUCUCUGGCCUUGGUCUGCGCAUCAACCAACGCCUUCCCAACAGCAACAACCCUCAACGGAACGUACACCGGCCUCCACAACGCAACAACCAACCUCGACUACUUCCUCGGCAUCCCCUACGCCCAGCCCCCGAUCAACGCCCUCCGCUUCCGCAACCCCGUCCCCCUCAACACCUCAUGGACCGGUACGCACACCGCCCAAGCCCUCGGAAACAGCUGCAUCGGCUACGGCAGCGACAUGGCCGGCCUGACUCUCUCCGAAGACUGCCUGAACCUGAACAUCGUUCGUCCAGCGGGGAGUUUCUCCGAACCACUCCCUGUUGCGGUGUGGUUCUACGGAGGAGGGUACUACGAGGGGUCUGCGAACCGACCGGCCUAUAAUCAGACGAGAUUCGUGGCGAAUUCGGUGGAGAUGGGGUUGCCUGUUAUUGGCGUGGGGUUUAAUUAUCGGUUGACUGCGUUUGGGUGGCUUUGGAGCGAGGAAACGCAGGCGUUGGGUGAUACGAACAUGGGGCUGAGGGAUCAGAGACUGGUGCUCCAGUGGAUUCAGGAGAAUAUCGCGGCUUUUGGGGGUGAUCCGAGGAGAGUUACGAUUUAUGGGGAGAGUGCGGGUGGGAUUUCGAUUGGGAAGCAUCUUAUGGCAUAUGGAGGCCGCGACGAUGGGCUCUUUCACAACGCCAUCCUGGAAAGCGGCGGUCCCCUGGAGAAGUGGCCGUAUGGCUUCACGAACGCCACGGAGUACAUGCUGACUGUCUACAACAACCUGACCGACGCAACAUGCUGCUCCAACGCCACCAGCCCACUCGAAUGCUUGAGAUACCUCCCCUUCUCCGCCCUCAACGCAGCCUUAAACAUCACCAACACGUGGAUAGCCGGCACAGGCCUCGGCCCCUUCAUCGCCACCCUCAACAACGAUAUCCUCCUCCAACCCGCCACCACCCAAAUCUCCACCGGCGCCUUCCUCAAAGUCCCCAUCCUCUACGGCACCAACACCGACGAAGGCACCGCCAUCGCCCCGGCAGGAAUCAACACGGACGGCGACUUCGCCCGCGAGAUCUCCAAAGGCGGCCCUGACGUCCCCACCAUCGAAACCCUCCAACUCCUCUACCCGGACAUCAAUGCCAUCGGCAUCCCAGCGACGUACAACCCACUCCCAAAAACGCCCUCCUCCUACGGCGCGCAAUGGAAACGCGCCGCAGCCUACUGGGGCGACAUCGUCGAGCACGCGCCGCGUCGCGCCGUCACGACCGCGUGGGCGAAACACAACACCACGGCGUACAGCUACCGCUUCAACGUCCAGCCCGUCGGGAACGCGGACGCCAUCGGCGCGACGCAUUUCGCCGAGGUGGCGUGGGUGUUUGAUAACGUCGAUGGGGUUGGGUAUGAGAUCAACCCGUUUGGGGACGUGCAGAGGUAUAGGGAGUUGGCGGGGUUGAUGGGAAGGAUGUGGGUUUCUUUUGUGUGGUUUUCGGAUCCGUAUUGGCAUGGUUUGAGUGAUAUCCCGACCUGGCCGAAGUAUGAAGUCGCUGGCGCUGGGGUUGGGAGCAAUUUUGUCUUUGAGGGGAAUCGGUCUUCGUGUGUGGAGGUGGAUGAUUUUAGGGCGGCGCAGAUUCAGUACUUGAUUGAUGUUAUGCCAGGGCAGUUUCAUUACUGA